CAGUGGCCGCCUUCCUUGAGCAGAGUCCUCUUCAGCCCCUUAGCUGUGCUCAUCUUGUUUUUCUACAUUUUACUAUUGGAGUUUGGUUGUUUGUGGGGGGGGGGGGGUGUUUGAAAUCAUCCCUUAAGAUUAAAUUCCCCAAAAUCCCGAGUGGCAUGUGAGGUAACAGUGACAGUAAAUCUGUGGCCCUUUGCUCGCCAGUGAUCAUUCCCGCCUGGGAUUAUCUGCUGUGUAGGAGGAGCCCCAGUUUCCGCCGCCCUCACUGCCUUUAAUCCUGUUUCUAUGCUUCUGGGUUCCGUGCACCAGAAUAAAUGUCUAAAUGGACCUUGUUAACGUCAGGCUGGCUUUACACCCACUCUGUCAGCACCCCAGCUACUGACAGUCGCACGGAGAAGUGCUUGGAGGAGCUGUCAGUGGUCUCUCACUAAGAGUUUGGCUCCCCUCCCUCCCAGGAGAUGUUACUUAGUGAGUUAUUCUUAAUUCCUGCUUUUUUUUCUGGUCUCUUAUUCUGAUGUUGAUCCUGCCCCGGAGUCAGUCCGCCUUCCUCUGCCGUAUGGUAUUUGUGUGGGUUUAACUCGCUCUGCGAGGGGGCCUGUAAUGUAAAUGCGAUGGGGGCUGUGGGUAGACACCUCACUGUGCCGCAUGUGUUUCUCCAGUGCAUUUCCAGCUGGAGGGGAAGCCUCACAGGGACCUGGAGUGCAGCGGUUCUGUGCAGCCUAUUAGGUCUCGAUCAAGGCUUGAUUGUAGUUUCGGAGCAAGACUAGUUCAAUCUUAGCUGGAGGGGCUCAUACACUUUUUGGCCCCCCGGGAACAAGACAGGAUGACCUGUGCGCAAACAUUACAUCUGACCAGUUUAACAGACAUUUUGGUGGAGCUACUGGUGUUAAUGUAAAACAAACACAUUUUGAAAGACUUGCUCUAGAAGCAUUUAAAGGUUCAUUACACAUAUGAAUGCAUAUAGGUUUACGCACAAUACAAGGUUUUAUCUUUAUUAGGUCAUUACUGGGUUAAGGGGCUUUUUGCACUGUGGUUAUCUGAAAUUCCGCGUUCAGUUAGCUAGAAAUUGAAGCAGAUGUGUUUUGGUUGGAAAUGAAAGCUGCCGGUCCCCAGCGGCGGGGUCUUGCUGUCUGCUCCUCGAUCGGGACCGGCUGCCCUUCAUCAUGAUAAACAGGAAACGGGGCAGUAAAUCACUGGCAGUGCAUCGUUGGCUCUCUGCUUACUCAGCAGUUCAGUUUGCCGACAGAGGUACGUGCGCAUAAACUCCCUCCGAAAAGGCUGAGCGUGUAUGAUUCGCCGGUUUUCCUUUAAACAAACCAACCUGCCAACCUUCUGACUGCCAAACACUCAUACAAAAGCCGCUGUUGUCCUUUACACUGCUCCCCCCCCCCCCCCCCGAAUCCGUUGCAGGGAGGCAGUUUAGAGCACAUACUUGGUACUGCCAGCGCCAUCCAGCAGGUAUGGGACGCGAUGGGACAUGAAUUUGUAGCGGUGACAUUAAGUGGCUAACUUCAGAGCAUGGUUAGCAUACUGUACAUGUUUAACAGGUGAUCUUCUAGUAACAGCCUUGACCACAAUAUGCGUAUGGAAUUUGCGCAAAUAACUUCGAACUUAAUCGAACUGCUUAAAUUUGCUUGUUCAUCUUCGGUCCCAGGAGAUGCCAAUUUCGUACAGGCUGUUUGGUGAGUUCCCUGAUAGAAACGGAUAUGACUCCAGUGACUGAAUUAAAGUCUGGUGAUUUACACUGUCCGGGCUUUUUUAAACACCCCAAAUUUGGUGCUUAAAUGAAUUUAUUACCAAAAAUAAUGUAAAAUUAUUAGUGAAAUGAAUUACUAUGGUUGGAAAUCACGUGCAAUCAUUUUAGCCAAUUCCUCAUCAAUUGUUUUCUGUUUUACUGGAGUCAUAGCUUUUUGCACAAACUGUCUCAUAGAGCUCUGGGUUGUAGGUCUAGGUGGUUGUGGUGCUGUACUGGAUGACUGUGUAGACACUGACAAACUGGCACUUUCAACAGUUGCAGUAGACAAACUGUGACUCAUUAUUUUUUCUUCCCACUGCACUGAUGGAUGUACAGUUCUCAGGUGCCAAUGCAGGUUAUUUGUAGAGCCUGUUCGAUAUGAGAUUUUAACCUUGCACGCUCUACACUCUACCUUUGUAUUAUCAAUGUAAUUGAAAUGUAUCCAAAUUUCACUCCGUUUCCUUCAGUCACUCAUUUUGUCGUGCGCGUAUCCUUCCCUCCUGUUUCUCUGUCUGUGCCUGCGAUUGCUCUAUUUGUCUAUGGGUGCGUUCGACUUCACGCAGCCGUUUGCAGCGCUGGCUUAAAGUAAUGCAUUCUGGUCCCAACGCAAUGCAUCACGGUUAUUUUUUUUUGUCCGACUUCAGCGGCGCUGCAAAACGUCACCAUCCGUGACCAUGUCACAUGGUACAAAAACCUCACGAGAACAAGGCGAUAUAAAACUUAAAGCCCAAGUCAAACGCACCCUGUAGCACUGCCCCUCCCAGUCCUGCUCAGAGCAGACACGCAUCGUGUGGUUGACCAAUCCUUGCGGCUUGAAAAAAAAAAAAGAGAAAUAAAAAAAGCGGCUCUGACUCCGGCUCACAGGCAGGAGCCGGCUCCGAUCAUUCAUUUCAAAGAGCCGGCUCCGAGAGCCGUUUCGUUCGCGACCGACACAUCACUACAAAUUUCAAGUGGGGUCUACUGUGGACUGGCGAGUAUGCUGGGAAAGGCUGAACACAAGAUUGGAAAAGUCUUUGCUGGGAGAACAGCAGGAAAAAGUUUCGCACCAGUACUACAAAGGCAGUUCCAAGGACGGGCCAUGCUAUAGUCUUCUGUUUUAAAUAAAAUACACAGCUUUAAAAAUAUCACAAUUACAAAUGUCGCUGGAUGGAAGAUUCAGCCAUGCCGCCAUAUGUAAUGUAGUACAGGCCUGGGCGUUUCGUUUAAUUGGUUACUUACGGAUCUGAGAUAAUUCAGAAGUUUUUACAGACGUGCGGAAAUGUAAUGCAGAUGCUCUAGUGCCCGCUUACCCAUGCAUCACCUCGAUGUUAAUUACCACCCCUUUUUCGCUAUCCGUGCACAUGCAUGCAUUAGUCUGCAGUCUUGAGGUCUGCGGUUGAGAAAUAUGCGAGUCACUGAUGUCGUUCAGCUAAAAAAAACUGCCCACAUGACAAACUGAUGGCAUUUUUGUUUUCAGAGAAGAUUUUUGAAAGUGCUGGAGGUACUUUCAACAUGUGUGCGCCGUCUGCGGCCUUUGCCUACAGAUAGAGCGCCAUCUAGUGCAGAAAUGGUGAAUGGUCCAUAUAAUCCGAGUUUCCCGUUACUUUUCCUACAAUUUUUAACUAUUUACAGUCUUUUUCAUGUCCAAAAUUUAAGAUAUCCUUUCUUAAACCGAACCCGCGAAGCCGUCGAUUUUUGUAGGCUUUCAAUAAUUUUUAAUCAUUAACCUACAAAUAAAUCUAAAGACGUUAUAAUUUACCCCUGAAAUCAGCUCUGAAAAGGGCUGUUGUUGUAUGGAUCGUUGUAUGGAUUAGACCUGCGACCGCGGAACUGAACUAAAAAGGUACCUUAUUCAAAAUAGACAAAAGCUAAUCGUUUCUGUUCUGCAUAGACAAAAGCCAAACGUUUCUGCUUUGCAAGCAUUUGCUUUGAAAUAAAGACAUAAAAUCCCAAAUGAUUAUCGUGUUUUAUUUUCUGUCAAUUGACAUCAGGCCACAUAUUGCUUACAAAAGUCGUAUGCAAUGAAUGAAACAGUUUUUGGCAACAGUUUUGUCUAACUCCCCUGCCAUUCAUUUUUAUAAAAGCAACUGUAUGUUGUUUUUAUCAUAUGAACCUAUAGUGGCGCGUGCAGACCUGCGCGGUCUUCUUGAAUAGACGGUAUUUCUUCCCAGAUUCUUUCUCUGGAUUGGAUCAGAUCGUCACAUGUGCCCCCUUCGCUGGUCUUUAAAUCUGACCCCUCCGUUUCCUUCAGGCCAUAUUUUCACCCAUCGAGAGGGCAGGGACGAAGGACCAUCUGCAGCGAAAGCAUGAACGCCGUAGGCAGAUGUCUGGCACUGUACCUCUCUGCCCUGGUGCUGGAGGUGCAGGGAACCUACAGGUUUAACGGGUACCAUCCGGGACGCUACGCCGAUCGACCUGUGGCAAGAUCCAGUUACCUGCAAAACAUCCAGCCUGCGCAAAAUGACCUCAGUGCAGGGGUACACGGCAAUAAUCACAGGUUUUAUGGCUAUCACUACUAUCACCAACCACCAAGGAUCUCUCCGCCUGUCACGUACCGCUGGCCUCCGGCCCCCGUUGUACCGCCGCCGCCGGUGAAGUACUACCGGCUCGCCGCACCCCCUCCUGCGGCGCCGCCGGUCGUUUACCGUCACCCCAUCGCAUUGCCGCUACCAACGCUGCCGGUCAGGUACCACCGAUUCACCGCGGCCCCUCCGACAACGGAGCCGGUCAGGUACCACCGGUCUACCGCGGCCCCUCCGACAACGGAGCCGGUCAGGUACCACCGGUCUACCGCGGCCCCUCCGACAACGGAGCCGGUCAGGUACCACCUGUCCACCGCAACCCCACCGUCACCGCAGCCGGUCAGUACCCAAAGUGUCAUCACCACCACCAUCAUUGCUGAUUCAGGAGGAUCUCACUGCAAAAGUCGCCCUUUGGACUUGGUCUUCAUCAUCGACAGCUCCCGGAGUGUGCGCCCUGCCGAAUUUGAGAAAGUCAAGACCUUCAUAAGUGACAUGGUGGACACACUGGAGAUAGGCCGAGAUGCCACCCGGGUGGCUGUAGUCAAUUAUGCCAGCACGGUCCAGAUUGAGUUCCUUUUGAAGAACCAUUUCAACAAGGUGGACCUGAAGCGGGCCAUGGCCCAGAUCGAGCCACUUUCCACAGGCACCAUGACUGGCCUGGCCAUCAAGACGGCCAUGGAGAAAGUCUUUACUGCAGAGUCGGGUGCCCGGCCUCGCUCCACCAACAUCUCCAAGGUGGCUAUCAUCGUGACGGAUGGGCGGCCCCAAGAUGGGGUGGAGGAGGUGUCAGCUACAGCCCGCGCUGUACAGAUUGAGAUCUACGCCAUCGGGGUGGACCGCGCGGAUCUACAGUCACUGCGACUCAUGGCCAGUCAACCCCUAGACGACCAUGUCUUCUACGUGGAGACAUACGGCGUCAUCGAGAAGCUCACCUCUAAGUUUCGGGAGACACUUUGCGGUCUGGACUCCUGUGCACUUGGACACGACUGCGAGCAAAUUUGUGUCAACAGCGACACCUCCUAUUACUGCAGGUGUCACGAAGGGUACACCCUGAAUGAGGACAGGAGAACCUGUUUACGUAUGGAUGGCUGCGCUCCCGGACAAGACUGCGAGCCGGUUUGCACGAAGCGCGAUGGCUUGCAGGUCUGCUCGUGCCCAGUGGGGUAUGUCUUAAACGAGGAAAGGAGGACAUGUUCACGUCUGGAAGGAUGUGCCCUCGGACACGACUGUGAGCACAUUUGCAUUGACAACCGCGGCUCACAAAACUGCAGGUGUCGGAAUGGGUAUUUCCUGAACGAAGACAAGAAAACAUGUUCGCAGGAAGCCAGAGCAAUAGUGCUGCAAGACCCAUGCAAGUGUGAGGCACAGGUGGCGUUCCAGCGGAAGAUGCAGACAGUGCUGCAGGGCCUCAACAGCAAGCUGGAUGAGGUAACGAGGAAGCUUCAGCGAUUGGAGGCCGUGCCACGUCGUUUCUGAUGGAGCAGCCUAUCACGUGAAGCCCCGCGUUCCGGCUGGGUACAUCUCUCCAAUCGGCCGAUGCUGCUGAUCGUGACUCAUCGCCCUGAUCUGCCGGGGCCCUCCUUGUCCGUGUCUAGGAGGGAGCCUCCAUUCACCCUGGCCUUUUCCUGCUUAUACCAUAUAGUGAAUUUUGGUGGAAGAAGUUAUAUUUGCCUUUUUUAAAAUAAAUGUUGCUCUGUUAAAAUGCUUAAUGUUAUUUAAAGGAGAUUAACGUUAGCUGUGUAUACGUGAAUAUAAUGCUACAUUUUAUUUUGGGUACAGAUAAAAAUGUGCAGGUGACAAAAGAAUAAACUGGGAUAUGAGUGAUUUAACUAAGGAUGUGAUUCUGUGCAUAUGACAGCAACUAGCACUGACUGACACUUAUGCUGGAGUUAGUGUAUGUAUAUGUGCAUAUGCCUCAAAUAAACUGUCCUCAACCCUGAAAA